AAAUAUAGUACCAUUUGGCAUUUGCCCCCACCGUCGCCGCCGCUUUCCUUCUCACUACCUUCCCUUCUCCGGCGACGGCGGCGGCUGUACUCGGCGAAGAGGCAGAGAGCCACUUAUGAGUGAAGCUAUAGAUAAGGUGGGAACCAUGGAGUUGAAAUACCCCGAUGACUUCCGUUGCCCUAUCUCCCUCGAAGUGAUGUCGGACCCCGUAAUUGUAGCCUCCGGGCACACCUUUGAUCGCUCAUCAAUCCAGCGCUGGAUCGACUCCGGUCACCAUACUUGCCCCAUCUCUAAGCUUCCGCUUCCUCCCCAAUCCGUUCUAAUCCCGAAUCACACCCUUCGUUCUCUCAUACACAACUACACUCCUGUCGCCGGCAGGAAGUGCAAUAAACCUCAAAUCUCACCGUCGACUGACCCAAGGUUCCUUCUUUCAUCCCUUUCCUACCCCGCCUCCAACGCCGCACUUUCUUCGUUGCUCCGCCUCGCCAAAGACGAACCCGCCUUUCGCCGCCUUCUUUUGGACUCGUCAGCUCCCUCCAUACUCCUUCGCCACGCCGCCUCUCAGGACUCCCCUGACCUGCAGGACCUCGCUCUCCGUACCCUCAUCUACCUCUCCCUCGACGGCGAUGACGCACGCGUCGGACUCGUCGCGGACGGUGCCAUCGACUCACUUGUUCAAGCCCUAGCCGGCGGUGGACCCAACGCUUCCCUCGCAGCCACUACUCUAACCAGCCUCGCCGUAGUUGAGGUCAAUAAGUGCACCAUCGGCGCUCAUCCUUUCGCAAUACCAGCCCUUUCGGUCCUCCUUCGUAACGGCAAGGCUCGAGAUCGCCGGGAAGCUGCUACUACGCUGUACGAGCUCUGCAAGUUUCCGGAGAAUCGACGCCGUGCGGUGCGUGCUGGGGCGGUGCCUGCCUUGGUUUACUUUGCGGGAGAUGGCUCAGAAAGGGCUGUUCUGGUUCUAAGUUUGAUAGCGAAGUGUAGAGAAGGAAGGGAUGCCAUGGCUAAUGUCGAUGGGUUCGUUAGGGUUUUGGCUGGAGUUUUGGUGAAAGGCACCGGGAGAGGGAUCGAGCAUGCACUUUUGGUGCUGAACUUUGUAUGCUCUGAUAUUGAGAAGGUAAGAUGGGAAACAAAAGAAGAAGGGGUCCUGGAGAUUUGUUUGGUGCUUGUUGAAAAGGAUGAUGGGAAGAUUGGGAGGAAUGCUUUGGCUUUGGCUAGAACUAUUGAGAAGGGAGAAUUUGUUGGUUUAAUAUGAAUCGCUGGUUUCCAUGUUAUGGAGAUCUUGCGUUGGUGUUAUUGAUGGGGGAAGCAGAGCAGCUGGGCUUGUAUUCAACCUGUAAUUGUUAAAUGAGUUCUUCCUGAGGCCCUGCUUUGAAAACUACUGUAUAAAAGGUGAUGUUUUCCUUUUGUUUUGGGCUCUACCUCCUCAAGGUCUGUAAAAUUGGGAUAAAUAGUUCUGUUAAUAUUGAAAAAGUCAUAACUUGUUUUCGUAACAAUUUAAACUCUUUUCAUGGAAGCAACCAAAUUUACUGUGCA